GCACGACUAUUUUGUGCCUGCUAGCUGUGUCUGGACAUUACCUGUGCCAGACUGGCAUGGUUCUUUCUCCUUAUGGCCAUUCUACUACAUAUCCUCUCUAGCUUAUUAUUGUUCCUUCAGCCAUUACAUGUAAUUCAAUUUUGUUCUCUCCCUUCUCCUCUCCACUCUUCUACUAUCUAUUUAGUAGUUCUUUGUGUUAUUAUUUUCUACUUCAUUUACUAUUUUUCAUGCAUGAGUUCUUCACGAGUAGAAUUAGGAUUGAAGGUGCGUUGUCUGUGAUUGUUUAGAAUUUACGAUGGUGACGUUCAUUGUUGGGGAGAAUCAACUGCUUCUUCUUUGUUGUGUCCUUUUUGCAGGGGCUGCAGUUGAAGCUUUAUCCUAUGAUUAUUCAGCUAUCAUCCAGUGCUUGGCAGAACCUCUCAAACCACAAUAUGGAGGAGGGAUCAUCAUUAACCCAGAUUUGAACCAUGGUUUGCAUGGAUGGCACAUAUUUGGGCAUGCAAAGAUAGAGAAUCGGUUAUCAUCAGAUGGAGGAAACAGCUUCAUGGUCGCUCAUAGUAGAAACCACCCUUCUGAUAGCUUCUCCCAAAAGCUUUACCUACUUAAGGGCAGGCUUUACACCUUCUCUGCUUGGGUACAGGUGGUUGAAGGAAAUGUGCCAGUAACUGCGGUUUUCAGUACAAAAGAUCGUUCGAUAUAUGCAGGUGCAGUUGUUGCUGAAUCUGGCUGUUGGUCAAUGCUUAAAGGAGGCCUUACUGUGAACUCAUCUGGCCCUGCUGAACUGUAUUUUGAGACCAAGAACACAACAGUUGAGAUAUGGGUUGACAGUGUCUCCUUACAACCUUUCACCAAGAAGCAAUGGAGGACUCACCAAGAUCAAAGCGUCCAGAAGUUACGAAAGAGAAAGGUGAGAUUCCAGGCAGUAGAUGAUGGCAAAGGGAAAACCAUUGCUGGUGCAAAAGUCUCCAUACAUCAAAAGAAUCCAAGUUUCCCGUUUGGCAAUUCUAUAACUAAGGCCAUCCUCGACAACCCUGCUUAUAGAAAUUGGUUCGUCUCCAGGUUUACUGUCACCACCUUCGAAAACGAAAUGAAAUGGUACAGCACAGAGAACUUUCCUGGGAAAGAAGACUACUCAGUAGCAGAUGCCAUGCUUAGCUUUGCUAAACAGUUUGGCAUUGCAGUGCGAGGUCACAAUGUUUUCUGGGAUGAUCCCAAGUAUCAACCUGCCUGGGUCAAAUCACUUUCCCCCGAUCAACUCAGGGAAGCAGCAGCAAAGAGGAUCGAUUCCGUUGUGUCAAGAUACAAAGGGCAGCUUAUAGCAUGGGAUGUUGUUAAUGAGAACCUUCACUUUUCAUUCUUUGAAGAUAAGCUAGGGAAGGAUGCAUCUGCUGCUUUCUACCAGAGGGCACAUCAACUUGAUGGGGGCACAACAAUGUUCAUGAACGAGUACAAUACGAUUGAGGAUAGCAGAGAUCAAAGCUCAACACCGGCCAAGUACCUUCAGAAGCUGAGGGAGAUUCAAUCCACAAAUCCUGGGAAGAUGGGAAUUGGGGUUGAGUCACAUUUCAGUAUAACACCCAACAUUCCUUACAUGAGAUCCUCCCUUGAUGUUCUAGCAGCAGCAAAGCUACCCCUUUGGAUCACAGAGCUGGAUAUUGAAAGUAUGCCUAAUCAGGCACAGUACUUGGAGGAGAUUCUGAGAGAGGCUCACUCUCAUCCAGCCAUCAAUGGAAUUGUCAUGUGGGCAGCAUGGCAUCCUGAGGGCUGUAACAAGACGUGCCUCACUGAUGAAAACUUCAGGAACCUCCCAGCUGGCGAUGUUGUGGACAAGCUGAUCAAUGAAUGGAGACACAGUAACCUUGUUUUAUCAACAGAUACCAAUGGCUCCUUCGAGGUUUCACUCUUUCAUGGAGACUAUGACAUAACAAUGACUCACCCAUCCAUGAAUUCCACCUUAACUCACAGCUUCAAGGUACCAACAGGAAACUCAGAGACAUUGCUACAUUUUCAUGUUCAUGACAGAUGAGAAUUUCUAAUUUCACCUUCUGUUUCAUGAGGAAAAGAAAUAAAAUGUAGGAAUCUUCUUACACAAUAAAGUAUUCCAAUUCUUGCUUCCAAA